AUGCUUAGCACGUGGAGGAUUCUCGAAGUCCUUCAGGAACACGAGUACCAGGAUUACAAUGCCCAUGGGGAUCCUUCGUACGCUACUAUUGAGCUAUCCUGUGAUGAGAUCGGUGGCUUGGGCAGACAGUCUAGGAUGCGUAUCGUUAUGCAAACCCCGCAUUCCGGUACAGAGCAUAAUAACUCGGAUGUUCAGGCAAAGCAAGCUACGAGACUUAGGACAGAGGAAGGCUCAACAUUCACACCUCCCUUCCUCGGGUAUAGUGAAUAUCGACAAGACCGCUCAAGGCUGAUCCCUAGCGGCUUUGUCACUUUUUAUGCUUGGGAGGUUGUCCCUGGAAUACGACUUGGUGGCUAUACUGGAUGGGCUACUAAGUUCUGGGAGCUGGAUGAGAGACAGCUGCAGGCAAUUCCGGACGCUUUUCAGGAUACUUUCUUGAAACUCACAUCGAUCGAUAUCUGGCCGGAGGCUGCCACAGCAGCCAAUCUAGUUUGGAACUCGGAUACUGGAACUCUUACUUGGGUCAAUGUUCGAUAUUGCGCAGAUAUCACGCCACAGCCCUGGAAUGACCUCUGGCUCGCUCGGUUCAAGCCUGUCAAAGUACCCAACAACUCAUGGGCGGAAUUUGGCUGGAAUAGCGAUACCUCAGAGUGGAAGUUUUAG